UUGUUGUUCUGUACCUGUGCAGCUAGCGUUAGUAGUUUCCUCUGCUAUCUCCUAAAGAUUUCGCUGCAGAAACCUGGUCUAUGAUUUAAAAGCAAGAACUAAAAUGCAAAAUCACUGUGCUGUGCCGGGUUGUCCCGGUGGAAAAUCUGACCCUCAGCCUCUUUUCCGGUUUCCGUGUGAUCCAGAAAGGUCCAAGAAAUGGGUUGAAAACUGCCAGAGGCCAGAUCUUAUAGAGAAAUCACCAACCCAGCUGUACAGAUACUACAGACUCUGUGGAAAGCAUUUUGAAUCAUCUUUGAUUGAUAAUGUUUCUCAGACUGUAGUGCUGAAGGAUGGUGCCAUACCCACAAUCUUUGAUGUGCCAAGCCAACCUCAAAACAAACAGAUGAAACGCAGUCAAGACACGAGCAAAGAAAAUGAAACGGAGAGUAAGGGGAGGAAAAAAACCAAAAAAUCUCAAGCUGAGACAGCUAAAAAAGAUGCCCAGACAGUACCAGAGGAAGACGAGUACAAGGAGUAUGUCAGGUCAUUACUUGAAGUCCUCCUACUGUUGGGAGAGCAAAGCAUUCCUCCUACAGGGCCCACUGAUAAUAAAGAGGGGGACCUUAGUUCGAGCAACAUUCAAGCUUUGCUAGAUUAUCGCAUAGCGUGUGGAGAUGAGGUCCUAAAAAAGAGGCAUGAUGUGAAUAAGGAGUGCUGCACUUUAGAACAGCUCAAUCAGCUCAUUGAUGUGUGCGAGAAGUACAUCCGCAGUCGGCUGGUGGACGAAGUGAAAGAGAACGGCUUUUAUUCUUUACUCACUGAUAACCCUGUGAAGUUCUCUGGGGAAUGGUACCUCCCCGUAUGUCUUCGUUAUGUGGACCAGUCCAACUGCCAGCAGGAAAAGUUUGUAGGAUUUUUGAACUUUGAAGGAGAUGGAGAAGCCCUGGCAGAGAGACUGCUAACUGAAAUGACGGACAAAUGGGGUUUGACUCUGGAACAGUGUAGAGGUCAAGCCCACUCCUGCUCUGGGACACACUUAAGUCAAAUAAAAGCAUUUUCUGCCAAACUGGUUGAGAAGUAUCCAAAGGCAGUGCUUUCGCUGAGAUCUACUCAUACCUUGAAUGUGUCACUGGCCAGUGGUAUGGCUUUGUCGGGUGUUCAGCUCGUCAUGUCCACCUUUAAGAAGAUUGAGACAUUCUUCAGUCAGUCCCCUCUAGUGCAGCUAGAGUUGGAGCACGCCAUUUCAAUAUACUUCCCAGACAAAGAGGAGAGAGCCAAUGAGCUGAAGGAGAUCUGUCGAACCAGCUGGACCAGAAGACAUGAUGCAUUUGAGGUGGCGUUGGAAAUUCUGGAGGCACUGCUCCUCUGUGUGGACAGCAUGCAUGACAACGAAGACAUGAGGUGGAACGAUCAGGUCACACAUGACGCCUUGGAGAUUUCAAAGGCGCUAACUGAUUUUGAGUUCAUCAUGGCGUUGGUUGUGCUUAAAAAUACUAUGACACUUACUCAAGCCUUUGGCAUAAAUAUACAAGGGAGUGCAGCAGAUGUGCAUUUCGCUGCAAUGAGCUUCAAAGCUGUCUUGCAGUCCCUGAAGGAAGUGUCUGACAACAUCGAUGUGUAUCAUGAGUUCUGGAACGACGAGGCAGUUAAUCUGGCCGCCAGCAUGGAUAUCCCAAUCAAAGUUCCUCGGCCGUUCCUGAGGAAGGUUCAGGCAGAAUCUGGAGCCAUUCGACCAGAGAGUUACUACAAGGAGCACCUUUCUGUUCCUGUGGUGAACCACAUCAUCAGAGAAAUGAAUGAGCUCUUCUCUGAGGACCACCUGAAGAUUUUGAGAUGCCUGACACUGGUUCCCGCCGUCAUAGAGCAGCAGAAGUCCACAGAACCCGAAGAAGAGAGCGUGCAGGUAUUUAAUGAUGACAUCCCUAAUGCAGCAACGCUGUCCGCCGAGCUGCACUGUUGGUGGGUUAAAUGGAGCAAAAAGGGCAAAGGAGAGAGUUUUCCCUCCAGCCUCCGCGAGACACUGCAGCUGGCCGACGUGAAGUUCUUCCCAAACAUGCUCGCGGUCCUCAGGCUGAUGAGCAUCCUCCCCACCCUGGCCCUGGAGGACAGCUCCAGUGUGGCACAUAAGCGCUUCAGGAUGUACAUGAACAAUGUGCCUGACCGAUUCAAAUCAAAAAGCCUCGCCCUUUUGAAUAUGAACUACGAUGUUGAGUUUGAUCUUGAUGCAAUGGUCGAGAGCUACAUGAAGACAUACCCUGACGGGAUGGAGGUGUCCUAGUCAGUUGUUGAGCCUCUAGACCUCAGAUUAAAGCAGCAUCUUUUCUAGACUGAUUUGUUUUCAUGUGAUAAAAUGUAGAAAAAAAGAAGUGGGACACACUUUAGUCCUGGCGUUGCUACUAUGCUAUAACCCCCUCAACACCCUGAGAGCUUAGUUUUGCAGUUUUGCUAUCUUCUACUGUUCCAAACUGUUCAGUUUACACUUUUUAUGUAGCUAGUGGGCAUUUAAUAAGCACUCAAAGGGAUCAAAUCUGUGUCUGCCUGUAUCAAUAAAUGUAUAGGAUCUACACUUUAUGGUCCUUAUUCUACAUUUGUGAGUAUUUUAUGCUUUUCUUGACACUGUUUUGAACAAAGGCUUAUCCAGAAGUGAUGCGGUUAUGGCAGCAUCUAGCAUUGGUUUCACAGUUACAGAUUUUUUCUUUUGCUUGUGGCUGGUAGCUCCGCCCCUGAUAGUAUCUUCCACUAUCUUGCAAUUUGCGGAUUAUUUUUAUGAAUGGAACGUAUACUUGAAUGAAGAGCUGAGUCACCGUCUUCCUGGAGACUCGCAUUUCUGCUGUAGUGUUUGGUGUUAAUGUGUAAUCUGAUAUGUUUGGAGACGAGCACCAGAGUUGUUCACGUGCUCCCCUUCUCCACCAUUCAUUCUUUUCUCCAAAAUAAAUAAAUAAAUCUUUCAAGUGAAUUUAUUUUGUAACUUGUGCUUAAAUGGGAGAUGUUAUCAUAUGUUGUUGUUCCUCCUCAAAUCACACAGUGCAUGUUGACUGCCCUGAAUUUUUAUAAAUGAGUUUCUGUAAUUUGGAUGUAUUUUAUUUGUUUUGGACAAUAAAACCAUAAAAUGAU